AUGCCUGAUCAUGUUGGGGUAGUUGAGCCUCCGCUAGGAGUCAUAGCCGACUUUGAUUACUCGAAUCCAUGGCUUUACAAGACCAACAUGACCCUAAUCGGUGUCGGAUUGGUCUUAAGUUUCUUGUGUCUCAGCCUUCGGAUAUACACCAAAACGAAAAUAUUACGCAAGUUCGGAUGGGAAGAUGCAUUCAUUGUGCUCGCCUGGAUUAUCCUCGCUGCCGCCGUCGUAUACGUUCCCGCGCUCGCCUUUGCAAAAAUGAGUCUCGUAUUCCUCUACCGUCGAAUCAUGGAAAAGCAGGAGGCUUACAACUGGGCACUCAACAUUAUAUCUGCUGUCGUAUGUGGUUACAGCCUUGCCCUUGUAUUUGCGUUGAUCUUCGCAUGCAAUCCCAUUGCGAUGAGCUGGGAUUUGAGCAUCACAGAUGGGACUUGCAUCAGCCGCCAAGGGUUGUAUAUCGCAACCGCCGUGACGAAUAUUGUGACCGAUUUAGCAUUGAUCUUACUCCCCAUCCCCCUGGUGGUUGGACUCCAGAUGCCAGGAAUCCAAAAGUGCUAUCUGAUCUUCGUCUUCGGUGUUGGCUGCGCAACCGUUGUGACCAGCAUCCUCCGUCUAGCAACGCUAGUUCCCUUCCUCACUGCCUCGGAUGCCACUUACGAGUUGGCCUGGCCACAGCUCUGGAUUAAUGUGGAAGCAAAUCUUAUUGUCAUAUGUCCUUGUCUGCCAUCAUUGCGGCAGUUCUUGAGACAUCACGCCCCAGAAUGGUUGGGCGAGGCAGGCAGCAAUGCACGUCGGUAUUUCACACAUUCGGGUAGUGCUUCUCGCAACCGGUUCAAGUCGUUAGGGGCUCGUCAACCGGAUGAAAUCACACUUACACAAAACGGUGGGAGUAUCAAUAGCAGCUCCCGUAUUGUUAAAGAGGUCGCAUGGAACGUAACGGAGGAGCGGUUGGAUGACGAUUCGGAUGGUCAUGUCAACGGAAAGCCCGCCCAUUCCUUUGGAUAG